AUAAACAAAUAUAUUGCUCUGCCAUGAGUUCGUUUUUCUUUGGAUACAUUAAAAGUAGUUAAACGGUAUAUAUAUAUUUUUUUAUAUAUUAUAUAUGAAUGCAUUUCAAUCCAUAUUUUGAUGAUGCUCAUAAUUCUAAGCUUAAACUUCUUUAAAAAGUUUUAAUAAAGCCUAACUGCUCAAGUUAAAGUGGGCCUUAAAAAUGGCCUCUUCGUCUUGAAGUCUUCAUCUCUUCUAGUCUAGUCAUCUGAUCACCAUCAUGGCCAUGCCAUGCUAAACUAUGGCUAGUUUUUGGCUAGUAAUAUAUACCUACAGUAUAAUAUAGGGCACAUUCUUUAGUCUAGCCCAACCAUUACGUUAUAGUUUAUACUUAUGCUGUCUAAAGUAUAUAAUUAUUAUAACUUAUAACAGACUAUAUUAUAGUUAUAGGCCUAAAAUUUAUAAUUUAUCUGACCCCAUCAAUAUCAAUAAUCAUGGUGUAUUUACCCAAUUCAUACCGUUGGGACUAUACGGUAUUAUGUUAUGUAUAUACAAAAUAUAUAUAACAUUCAAGUUGUUCAAAAUGCUCUAAAGCUUGUUAUGAUGAAGACAUGAUAUUUUAAAAAAAAAGCAAUUGACUAACAAGGGAUUUUCUAGUUUUAGUUUGUCGGUCAUAGUCAUAGAGUAUUUUAAAGUUAGACCUCAUCAGUAGUUGGAUAGUAAGUAUUUGAGAGUACCGGUACUUCUUCAAGGACCUUCUCUGUGUAUGCCUGCUCUGGAGGCAUUCUACUGUCUGGUGACACCAUUUUCAGGUUGCAAAUCAUUGUUUUUUAUGUAACAUUAGACUUAAGAAACUAUGUUGUUGUUUUGUUCGUCCUUCCCAUGCGAAGAUGACUAAGACUAAGGCUAUAUAAUAUUCAAUGGUUAGUACUCAGGUGGCCUUUUUGUACCUGGAAAGCUUUCCCUAACAUGAGACACACACAUUUUUUUUUUGAUGCUAGUUGGAUUUGAGUCGAUUCUGUUUUUCUUUGUCUACACUUUAUUUGGGCAUGAGCAGUGUGCUUAAUCUCUGAGGAUUGUGCUCCAACAAUGAGUCUGCCCAGUAAGCUUGUAAGAUCCAUAAUAAGUGUUUCCCAUGAAUCAAGGUCAAUGUCCAUGGAUUUGAAUGAAGCUUUUAGACAGUCCUUGAAGCAUUUUUUCUGCUUAACAGCUGAGUGUUUCCCUCUAGAGAAUUCAAUGAACAUUAUUUGUUUGGGAAGCCUGCUGUCUAGUCUAGCAUUCUUGCAACAUGCCCUGCCUACCUAUAAAUAUAAUAGGUCAUGAAACCAUCUAGAGCAAACGCUAUUAAAUUUGAAUUUUUAUAUUUUGGUGUCAAAGCCCUGUGAUGGUGUCAACUGAUGUGGUCUGCACCCCUCACUCCUCCAAGUGAUGCCACUGAAUAUAAUUAUCUUUAUUUAUGUUUUGUUUUUAGCAAAUGCAGUUAAAUCAUGACCAGUUUAAAACAUUGCCUCAUAUUUUUUCUAACAGUAAUUAAAUUUAUUAUUUAUCAUAACAAGAGUCAACCAGAUGGAUUUUAAAAAUAUGCUGUUAAUUAUUGUAAAAAAAUAAUUAAGGGUUUUUCAAAAAAUUAUUUAUUAGUGUUAAAAUUUACCAAUGCAAUAUUUAAGAAUGUCAAAUUGAGUAAAUUUCUUUUUAACAAUACAAAUUAUACAUUUUUCAGAUGUGUCUAUAAGUAUGAAGAUGGCUAAUAGUAACUGAAUUGAGUACAGCUGUUAAAAUGAAAACUGUAUAAAAAUACAAUAAUGGUGAAGUUAACUGUGGAUUUUAUUGCAAAAGGGACUUCAGGAUAUGCCAAAAAGAAGAAGGAUGAGACUAUAACCCAGUAUGUUGGUCGACUGACACACUUGUAUCUGGAGAACAAAAAUAUUGAUGACAUAGUAAGUGAUUUCUGUUAUUAAAAAUUACAGCUGUAUUAUUUUUUAAAGCUUACAUAAUGUUACAGUUACAUGAUUUUUAACAAACCAACAUAUGCAUUCUACCUUCAACAAGCAUAAACGUCAUUUAAAAAAUAUAAAAUAUCUAAUUUGAUACAUGUUUAUUAUUAACAUGGUGAUGAUUUAUACAGUAAUAAAUAGCAUUAUUAUAUCCAAACAAAUUUUAUAUUUAGUUUCAUUUAAGUUUCUAGCUUUCUUUACCUGACUUUCUGACGGAUACGUUAAACUUUAAUAAUUAAUAUUUCAUUUUUUUUCUUUUUUUGUUGAAAAUUUUUAGCCUUUCAGCGGGCGCACUUUUUUUGCAAUGAUACCUGAUGCAUUGUAUCAAAUUGAUAUUGCUAAUGAGUGACUGGUUAAAUUAGUUUAUUUUAUUUGAAUAUUGCAAAAUAAUACAUUUUUUAGAUAAUGUAAUGAACAAACAAUAUAAAAUGGAGAAGUAAGUUUUAAAAAAAACACAUUUAUAUAGAAAUUUUAUUUUUUUUACUUUUAUUAAUGGGUACAUAAUUCUGGAGCAAAAAAUAGAAAUAAAGAUCACACAUUCAUAAAAGCAAAUCCAUUACAUAAAAUUUGAUUUUUUUUUAUUGACUUUGCACCUCUUCAAGUAACUUGAGGCAGCAUUCAUUCAUUGGAAAGAGUCUUUAAGAUGUGUUUCUUCUAAAAAUAUUUUGAUAAUUUCCAAAAUGAAUAAUUUGGGUGUUGAUGUCACUUAAGUUUGACCAUUGGUCAGCAAAAUACAUUUCUCCCUAGGCUGUACCAUUGGUCUUGCAUCACUUUCUUGCUGAAAUUUUGUGUUUUCAUGUUUUAAAUAUAUUGAUUUUUAUAGUAGAUAUCACUGAAACGGCAACUUCUGCUUUAAAGAGAGUACAAGCCAUUUGUGCCGGGCCUAUAAUUCAUGAAAGAUUGCUAAUUAAAUUUAUACUUCUCAAAUGCACUCUGUUGAAAGGUUGAUUCUUAUUCCAUUCUGUUUCUGUCUUUUCAAACAAAAUAAAAAAAUUAUUUUCAAUAGUAUCUUCUAGAUUCUAGAUCAUCAUUAUUAUCUUCUUUCCACCAUGAAUCUUUCUGAUGAAUUUCAACUGCAUCUUGACUUUCUGUGUCAAUCUCAUCUUCUAAAUCUUCUUCUAUUUCUUCAUCCUCAAAGUGUAUUCUUUGAAAUUCCUCUAUAUUCUUGAGAUUUGUAAGAUUUAACAUUUUCGUACAACCCUCUCUGUUAGACAGUAGAAGUAAUCUUAAAUGAAAUAAGGCUCAGUAUAAAUAUCUUAUUUGGGCACAAUGUAUCAAUUUGAUAUUUACUAUUUAAAAACACACAGACAUUAUUUAAAAACUAGGUAAUGUAUAAAUAUGUAUAUAAAUAUGAAGGAAGAAACUUACCAGAGCAAGAAAAUAAUAUAAUUGUCAAACUUCAAGAAAGUAUUAUGCAAAGGUGUGGUGUAUCACGCAUGGUGUAUCAAUUUGAACAAAACAACCAAAAGCUGCACUAUGAAAGCUUUUUAUAGACACUAGACGGUGUUGGCCUAUAAAGGAAAGGAAAACACUAAGCUAAGCUACUGAUAAGCAUUAAUGUGUGCAAAACAAAAAUGGUUGGCUUGUAUCAAAGUGAACAGAUCCGCCUGCCGAAGGGUUAAUUAACUUUUUGCACUACACUAAAAUCUUUAAAAUCUUAAGCUAGCUCUUAACAAUUGUAUAACAGAUAAAUGUUUAAUCAACAAUUUUUACCUUAACCUAUAAUGAGUUAAAGCUCAAUAACUGAAUGUCUAAUGUUUCAAAUCUAUUCACAACACAUUUAUUUAGUAAUUUAAUUUAAAAUGAAAUUUUAUUUUUUUUUGUUUAUCUAGCAUUUUAAGAUAAAGCUAAUAGUUUGUCUUCUUUUUAUUUUAUUUAUAGGGUGACGGCCUUGCAUCAUGCAGAAACUUAGCAGUCUUAUACCUAUAUGACAAUCAACUUAAUCGAAUUCCAUGCCUUAACAGCAAUUGUGGUAUAACACAUCUGUAUUUACAAAACAACAAAAUCAGUAUCAUUGAGAACUUGUCUACACUCCCACAACUUCAGAAACUGUAAAUAAAUAUAUAUAUAUAUAUAUAUGUAUAUAUAUUUUUUAUUAUAUGUGUUUUUUCUAAGAACAAAUUUGUCAUUUAUGCUAGGUGGGCAAACAUUUUAAUGGAGAUACAAUUAUUUUCUAUUUGAAAACAAAAUAAAAUAUAUUUACAUUCAUGUUUUUACAGAGUAAUGAGUCAGAUUUUAACAAAUGCUUUUCAGUUAUAUCGGAGGAAACUUUAUCAGAGUGAUGGAAGGCUUAGAAAAUUUACAGAAAUUACAAGAGUUGCACAUUGAGCAUCAACAUUUGCCUUUGGGAGAACAAUUGCUAUUUGAUCCCCGUAGUCUUAAGGCACUAGAGGUAGGCUUUAAUUUUGGUUUUAUUCUACUUCACUUAUAUAAUGAUAAUGAUGAGGCAAAUUGAAAUUAAUACAGAGUAAUAUUAAAAAAAAGAAAAAUUGUAUGGGAAUGUUUUAUUUACUAAUAAUUUAUUGGCAACAUGAUGUAUCAAUUAUUAUAAAAUGUAUGCAAAUAUUUUGUAUCUAUUUAUUUCGCAACAGUCGUGUUUCGUCAAUUUUUAAAAUGGAUAAAAAUAGUAUACAAUGUGAAUUCUGAAAAUUUGAAUGCUGAAUUUGUAAAAAACAGAUCACUGGUAAUAGUUUUAAUUCUAUUUAUCAUGUCUUUUGAAAGUCUUCAUUACAAGUUCUGAAUGUGUCUGGGAAUCACUUGACUAGCAUUGAUGAUCUCAGACAACUGCCACAUCUCACUCAUUUGAUGGCAGCUGAUAAUGAACUGACUGACAUGAAGGAGCUGGGACAAUUACUCUCAAUCUGGCAUGCCCUCGUCCGGCUGGACCUCGCUGGUAAUCCACUGUGUCAAAGCCCUAAAUACAAGGAUAGAAUUAUAGUAAAAGGGAAAAACUUAGGUAUGUUACAUAUUAGCAUUUUAUUUUAACAAUAUUUGAUAGCAUAUUAUAUUAAAUUUUAUUUAACAGACAUUAAAUUAUUUAAAGUUUGAUUAGCUAAACAAAUUAGUUUCAAAUGUGAAGCUUGUCAGCAAUGACUAUGUUAAAUUAUGUUUAUAUCCGUCUCAUCAGGAUCAGAGCACUGAUUUUUAUUCCCACCCGAUUAUCCAAUUUUUUAAAAAGUAAAAAAUGAAAAACAACUGAAUAGUUGUAAUCCAUAAAGAUUUCAUACUGCAAGUUCCAGAACAAAUGUUACAAAUCAGAAGAAAUGUUUUUGCUAUUAGCACAUAAAUUGCUAAUGUUGAAAGGAAAUUAAAGAGUAUAGGUGUACCAUAUCUUAUUAAAAUACUUCAACUAAACUUAGAAAUCUGGUCUUAUUAUCCAGAAUCCACUGUCUUAUGAAAUCUAUAGUAAUCCAGAUCAGAAUUAUGGAUGGAUUUUGUACCAAUGUUUGUUUAGUGCUAUAAUUCAAUAAUCUGUAUUUUACAAGCCCAGAGAAUGAAGUUAAUAUCAUUGUAUAUGCAGCCGUGUGUUGACGUGGCUUAUUACGGUUUAAACAUACAAAUUAUGCAAUGCAGAUCUGAAAACAAUAGCUUUUAUUCUUGAGGUACAAGACGUUGAACAGACAGUCAAAUCUCUCACACAUGCAGCCGACCCGAAGUAUCCAUUCCACACACACUCCAAGUCUCAGUUCACCCCCAUGGGUUAAAUCACCCACCUUAUAUAGCCCAUAGUCAUAGGGAACCCACAUCACGAGCUGAUCAUGGGUCAAGCCCAGGGCAGGGUUGGUCAUCCACGCGUGUAAAUAGCCAAACAUAAAAUUUAAGGCCCAGUACACUGCUGUGUGUUACUUUAAAUGACCAUGGAUGUGUUUUUGCUUGGGGUUACCCACAGCAGUCACACUAUGAGAGGAGAUUGUAUUCUCUUAUUCCUAUCGGUGGCAUAAAAUGUUACAUAAAUGCAGUUAAAAAUAGUGGUACAUUGCUACAUAUAUAAAAAAAAAAUUAAUAGGUAUUUACAUAUUAACCUUCUCAGUUUUUCCAAUUUUGAAAAUAUUAUUAUUAUAUUUGAUUAUUACAGUGGUAUUAUAUAGCGAGGUAACCCAGCCUAUACCCCCUAAAAACAUAAUCACUAUAGGCUCUUUUAUCAUCUUCACUACAAAUUUCAACUUGCAAGCAAUUACUUCAUUUAAUACUUUUCUAUUCUUAGUUGUGCUCUUUUAUUACAGCAAAUAUUUAUAAAGUGGAACUAAAAUCAGAAGUUAUUUAACUAUACUUAUAAAGUAGUCAGAAGUAUAGCCUAGAGAUAAAGUCAAGUGUAAGUAAAUAAAGAAUCAUUUUCAUUACUUUUAAAAUCAGAUGUGCUGGAUGGAAAGAAGAUAACAGACACAGCACGUCAAUUUUUGAUGAACUGGCAGGCAAGUCGUGACGAGAGCCGCAGAAGACAGCAUGACAAUAUGAUGAGGGAUGACACAUUUUUGUCUACCACUGUUGGAUAUGAAGGUAAGUUUGUUUGGUUUUAAGAUUCUUUUUUACUCAGUAGUAUGUUGGGCUUAUGUAAUUCACAGAUGGCUUGUGCUGGAGUUAAUACUAUUGAAACUGAAGUAAUAGAAGCAAUUUCUAAGUUUAAUCAAUGUUACUCUCCAAAUGCUUACAGCAAACUUUAGUACAUUAAGCAUGGCAUUCAUUUAAUAGAUCAUUAAAUAAACAUUAUGAUCCUUAAUCAACUAGACAUCUAGUGUAUUUUUAUUCAUACAAGUUUUAAAAAAAUUUUGAAGCUAAAUAAAUACCCAAAUAUUUUACACAGUAUAUUAUUACGUUGUUAUUUUUACUAAGAAAGAUUUUUUUAAAGUUAAUAAUUUAGAUAUUUGGACAAGGAAUUAUUUAAUAAGUAAUUACUACUCGUUUCUCUAGUAUUUAUUUCUCCCUUUUAAAUUGAGCUAAGUUUAAUGUUGGUUUCUGUUGUAAACUAUAUGUAAAUUAAAAUUUUAAUUUUUCUUUCGAAAAAAUCGUAUUUUGUUCUGUAAGCAACAUUCUAAACCUUUUGUCUAUUGAAGGUGCUGAGUUACCUCCACUUCGUAGUGCAACCAAGGGGCUAAGAAAUAUAAAUGGCUAUGUUAUGCCAGGUAAAAGUAUGACCAUGUAUAGAAAUGACAUAAUCAAAGCAUUUUUGGAUGGCGUGACUCUACAUAAAAAUAGCUACUUGUUUGUAUCUUUCUUUUUUUUACAAAUAAAUAAAUGCAACAACUGGUUCCUGUAUUUUCAAAGAAGACAAAACCAUGUUAUGAAACAUGUAUGCAAAUGACAGUUCAGUUAAAAUUUAAAAAAAAAAAAAAAGUUACAAAUGAACAAAAGUUUUCUGAAAGCACAAGCUGCUAACGACUUUUUUAAAUGAAUAUUUGAAGCUCAAUUCUGAAUACUAGAGACCCUUAUACUGUCUUAGUAAUAAAUAUGAGCUAACCAUUUUUUCUCUUGUUGAUAUAAAUUCUAACUGAAGUUUUUCCACAUAAAUCUGGAAUUUCUUGUUAAAUUUUGUUCCUAAAAAUCAACUGUUAAUGUCUCUAUUCAAAGGCAUACCAAGAAAGCAAUUUGAUGAUAUCUUGGCAAAAUCAAAUUUUCCAGACCGAGAAAGAAGCAGAAAUGAUAUUUUAAGAGCAAAGUAGGUCUUUUUUAAUAAAUAUUUCAUUUUUGUAUCUUAAUAAUUUUUACAUACUUAUUUUGCUAUGGUAUUUGAAUAGCUUUUGACUAAGUCAUUGUUAGAAGUAUGACUUUGUAGUUUAAAUAGCAACUGUAUUUCCUAGAAGAAAUUGUGUAAACCUAUAUUUAGGCACGUUGUUUUAGAUUGUGGUUCCACUAAAAUCAUUUUCUUUUUUAAAUUGAAAUAAUACUGCACACUAUUACCAGCUUCAGCUAUUAUUUUUACAAGCACACCAGGGAUGGCCUGAUGUUUGCUUAUGCUGCUAUUCUUCUUCCUACAAAACCAUUAAUUUUAAAAUUAUUUAAUGCAUUUGAGAAAAAUACACCAAAAUUAAAUGCAUAAAAAAUACAGUAUAUUUGCUAAUCUGCAUGCAAACUGAAAAGCAUAUUCAUAAACCAAGACAAAUCCAUAUCUGCCAUAUUCGAAAAAAUUGAUAUGCCAUCUUGUAAAUAAUUGGCAAGAGCAAAAUAACCAUUCAAAGACAAAUUGGCUGCAGACCAAAUGAGUGUCCUUGAUCUUGGAGAUGAAAAAUGAGAACUCUGUUCAAACAAAAUUCCAAGACUCUGUUCUCACUCAAGACCUCAAAAGUUUUUCUUACCGCACAAUUACACGCUGAAUGUCUUGCUACAGACUAAUUUUAAUGGAAAACUCAAAGAAGCACUUUCAGGACUGAAAAAAAUAUGUAGGAUGAAUGAAAAUAACAUAUUUCCAUUUAUUUGGAUCAAUAAAAAUAUCUUAUCAUAUAAACACCUUUUGUGAGUUAAGUCUGGAAAAACAGAAUGUAUAUCUUCUUGAAAGUUUUGACCAAAUAUGAUUGCUAAUUACUUAUGUUAGAAUACAUUAUUGUUGAUGAAAGGGAAUUUCUUUUCCUCUGCAAAUAUUUUUCUUUUUGUUAGAUAAUUUGAAUUAAUUGAUUGAAAAAACUAACGAAAGUGCUAUAUGUGUUGACAAUGAAUGACUAAAAAAAAUUUAAAAAGUGCUAAAUCAGUUUAUGAUGUAUGAUUUUUAUCCAGAUCACUUUCAUAAACCAUGGCCCAGUGGUUGAAACAUGAAAAUUGUUAAGACUUGUAAAUAUUUGACAUUAAAGGAAUGUACUUUGUUAUUUUGAAUUGGCUUCUCCAGCUUAAAUUCAGAUAUUAUACCGCUAUUUGAAUUAGUAAAUUUUCAAAAUUCAGACGAAGUAAUGCAGAACUUCAACUUAAAUUAGGAAUUGGUAGACAUUAUACUUUCACGUGGGCAAUAAUAAAUAUGUCUAGCAAUAUUCCUGGAUUUUAGACACAUGAUUACAUAGCAGAGCAGCUACAUGAUACAGGUUACAAGCCCUGAAGUAUAAAUUAUCACAGAGAGUCCAUCACAUUACCCCUGUGAGAGUCCAGCUGAUCAAGGUGUACCAAACAAAAAACGUGGUUAUUUUCCAUGUAAACACAUUUUGUAUGAACAUUUCACAGGUUUCCACCAAUCAACAAUAGAUCUUUUUUGAGUGCAAGGGAACCAACUGUGUUUUCCUUUGAGUUGUGCUGAGCCUUUAGAUGUGUCAGGGAAUCUCAAACUGGUAGAGCUGGGUGUUCACUGACAUUAAGAUUUAGUGUGCAGUGCUGCUUUUCUUACCCCUCUCAUAAACUUUGUGUUUUCUUUUUAGCAUGGCUCAGUAACACAGAUGAAUUGAAAUUACGGAGGGUCCAGUCAUGCAUGGCAAUAAGUAACCCUUGGAUGAAAAGCUUCAAAAAUGCUAAUAUUGAUUUUAAAAAAUUAUAUAUCUAUAAUUUCUCAUUUGCCUGACUUAAUUUGUUCUGUAUAAAUCAUUUUGGAAUAUCAACCAAAAAAAUAUAGCAAUAUAGGCCAAAUUCCUCCUAGAUUUUAUAAUUUCAGGCAAUUGAUUUUGGUAAAAUUAGGACAGGUAACUUACUUCAUUUGUUGGUUUUAUAGAUAACAGCUGACAAUGCACCUAAAAUUGUUUUAGAAAAAAUUGCUUUUUAUCUGUUAACAAAAAUAAUUAAUACAAAAUAAGGGAGAAAAAAAAUAUUUUUUCUGUCAUGUCUGCCUAUAGGAAAUGAAAGUCUCAUAAUUUUAUACAAUAAACAUAUAAAAUUAUAUACAAAUAUCUAUUAUUUCCUCACCUCAGAUAUAUCAUUAAAAUAAAUAAAUGACCUGCAAAAUAUUUACCCUCUCUGAGAUAUCUUCUAUCUAAUGUUAGCUUCAGAAAUGAUCUUUAAAACUUCACUUGUGUUUCUCAAUUCUUGCAUGCAGCCUUCACACAAAUUGUUUUAGAACAUUUUGAAAGUCUUGCAUCUGCACCAUGAUUAAAUAUAUCUUCAACUUUUCCAACAGACCUUCUAUACUAAAAUCUCUUUAAGAGCAUAUGGCAGUAUCUUUUAAAUCACUAUUACAAAUGUAUUUAUGUACACAAUUAUAUUUUUAAAAAAUCAUUCUAAAAAAAGCUGUAGUUAAAGUUGUUGUAAUUCCAGAUUUUUGAGGUCCAUCACUAUUAUCUCUUUGAUACACAUUCUAUUUUCUUUAGGGUUUUGACCCCCAUAAAGAAGACAAGUUUAUAAUGGUGACCUGAUAUUUUAAUUUAAUCUUUUUUUUAUUGUUUUUUUGUGUGUGUUUUCACAGCUUUAUGUUGAUUUUCAGAAUUAAUAAUAUUUUUUAAUGUGUAAAACAUUUAGUUCACACAGUUUUACAAUAUAAUUUUACUUUCAGUUAUUGAUCAAUUUUAGCUGAAUGAGGCAGUGAAUGCCGUUUAAAUUUUAAAUAUAAUUUCGUUUUUUCAAAUUUUUAAAAAUAGUUUAUUGGAUGAGAAAAUCAACCCUCAUAUGACUGUGGAUGAUUGCCUUUAAUUAUAUAAAAAUAAACCUUGCUCCAAACAUAUGAAAUAUUUAAUGUCCACAUAAAUAUUCAUCUUGUUAUUUUUUCCUAAGUUUACAUUCUUUGUGAUUAAGACAUUAUAUAAAAUUUUCUUAAAUAAAUUUUGUUUAUCAUCUGUUGAGUUCAUUCUCACCGACUGUAGGCCUAGCAGUAGAUAAAGUUUCAAUGACUGUAACAAUAAUUUUAAAUGUCCACCUCAUUUAUUUACAAGAUUAUGGAAUUAAAAAAAAAAUGUAACUCUCUUUUACAAUAAUUAAAAUUAAGGGAUAGAAAUUAGUGCAACAGUGGAAGGAAAAAAAUGUGUGUGUGGGGGGUUGUUAAUGUUUGAUAAUUUCACCCUUAUUUGAUGUAGAGUGACCCAAUUAUAAUUUGUUUAUAAGUUUAGUGUUUUAGGUAGAUUUAGAUAAUUAGAGAAAGCCAAUGUUUUCAUUUGGUGUGUUUAGCUAAAAAUAGUAUACUUAGUGAUAGCGUUAGAUGGAUAACUGUAGCAUAUUAUAAUGGAUUUUAAUUAAAAUUGAUAUACUACAUUCACUUCAUUAUUUUAAUGGCAAGUUACCUUUAAUAUUGCUUUUAGCUUUACCUAUUCUUACAACUAAGGAAGUAGUUUAUAUUUUAAAACAUAAAAUCAGGUAAAGACUUUCAGAAAAUUUCAUGAUUCUACAUGUAAAUCCAAAUUUCCUAUAUAACAUGAUCACUUAUUUAAAAAAAAAUUAAUUUAAAAUUCAUAAUUAACUGAUAACUUGAUUUAGUCUUUUGCAAUUAUGUAUGCAGCAUUUGUGGUUGCCAUAACUGAGGGCAUCCCUGGACUUGAGCUUGUCUAUCUAGGCAUUAUAUAAAUAAAUAUAAUAUUUAGCCUUGACUUCUAGCUAUAUUACGUCUUCUUGAAGUCAUGUCAAUUAUUAUUAAAAUAUAAACCAAUAUCAUUUGAAAAAGCAUCUCCCAUACAGAUUUGAUUUUGAUAAAAACGUUUAUUUUCCUCUUUCUGACAGAUUUGGAGAUGGAAGGAUUCUUAGAAUGGAAAUACCUGGUUCUGCACCAAUUUCAAGAAUUCCACGACCACUCAGUGUAGAAAGAAUGCGUCUUACUCACUCAGCUCAAAGGCGCAGAUUGUAGUCCAUUCUCAUGGAUUUAUUUUAAUGUGAAAACAAUUUAUUUUGAAGAUACAUUUUUGAGGGAUUAUUUUAAGCAUGCAUUUUUAUACAUUGUUUUAAAUGAUAUGUGCGGCAAGCAGUGAAUGUAUUAAUCUUAAUUGGCUUUGCCCUUUGCAGUAUUACAUCUUUAUUCUAUAUUUGUCCUAUCUUGCUUUUCAGGGUUUAGGGGGUUGAUUGUGUUCAAAAUGAUUUAUUUAUAUUUGCACGCCUUAAAGAAUCAAUACCACUGGCCCUUGCCAUCUGCUUGUCAUUUUUUGCCCCAGAAUGACUCACAUUACUAUUUAACAUAAAAAUACCUCUUAAUUAUAAUCACUUAGACUUUUUUGUGAAUUUCUGAAGAUACUUUUCUUGAUCAAAAGUAAGGGAAAUGCACAUUUUCAGAAUCUAAAUUUUUAUAUUAAAACUUAGCUUUAUUAUAAAAUUCUAUCUUAGUAUUGCUAUUAUAAUAUUUUAAGAGAUUUAUUAAAUUAAAACCUCAAUGGAAUGAGUUGGUGUGGUCAUUUUCAUAGAUAGAUUUUUAAAGGUAAAAAUCACAUUUUUCGUAAGUAUUAAUGAUAUAAAUAUGUAUGCAUAUUUACUAUAAAUAAGAGUACAAUAUUCCUACAUUUAAAAAAAAAAAGCUAAUAUAACAUUAAAUCUUGAUUUUUUAAUUGAAAAAACCUAUAAUUUCUUUUUUGUUUUGAAAGUAAAAUAUUGUUAGCUUGUUUGAUUUAUCUUUAAACAAUAUUUGAACUUAAAACAUAUAAUUUUAAUAUUUC